AAAUUGGCAUCAUAACAAAAGUCGUAAUUUUCUGCAUCUUGUCGUGCCUUUGGUACCUACCACCGGGGAUGAAGGAGCGGAGGCAAAGUGGCUGAUAGGGAAAGUCCAAGCUAGGCCCUGUAAACAAGUACGUUUGCAAAUGUUUUUUUUGCUCCAGAAGUAGCCGGAAAACAAGGAAACAUCUUUUCCGCGACGUGCUACUCUGCUUCCAGUGGACUUGCUCAAAGAUUCCACUGCCCUCCGUAUAUUCUUCUCCAAUGUCUACCACAGCAUGCGGAGAUGUGUUGUAUAGUUUCGCUUUCGAAAUGUUGAAAAUCAAGCCACAAACCAAAGACAACACCUGUCGCAUGUCAUGGCGCGUGUCUUCGAGCCCGGCGGAGGGGUAGCGGAGACCAAAUCGCAAACAGCAAUAGUCUAAUGUAGGUCGUGCGAGAAAAUGUUCUCGCGAAUUUUGAUUUUUUGUUUCAAAAUCCGCACCCACAGAUAACAUAUGUUUCCCGCAUGGUGCUCUGAUCCCGGUUGACCUUCUCAAGGCCUCCGCUGCCCCUCCGUAGUGUGGGCCAAUAUUUACCCCAGCAUGCGGAAUAGAUGUUUUUUUGAUCUCGGUUUGAAAAUGUUGAAAAUCAUACACCAAACCUAAAAGAACUUUCGCCGCCUGGUAUGGCGCGUUUGGUAGAUCCCGCCGGAGGGGUAGCGGAGGCCAAGUGGCUACCAGUAGUAGUCCAAUUUAGGUCGUGCGAGAAAAUGUUCUCGCGAGUUGUGACUUUUUGGUCCAAAAUCCGCACCAACCUAAAAUAUAUGCUUUCCGCAUGCUGCUCUGGUUUUGUUGGACCUCCUCGAGGCCUCCGCUGCCCCUCCGUAGUCUUGACCAAUGUCUACCAUAGCAUGCCGAUUCAAGGCGUUUUUGAUUUCGGCCUCAAAAUGUUGAAAAGCUAUGCCCAAAUCAAAAACAACAUUCGCCGCAUGAUACGGCGCGUUUGGUCGAGCCCGCCGGAGGGGUAGCGGAGGCCAAGUGGCGAGCAGUGGUAGUCCAAUUUAGGCCGUGCGAGAAAAUAUUAUCGCGACGUGCAUUUUUUUGGUCAAAAAGCCGCAUCAACGCAAAAUAUAUGUUUUCCGCACAGUACUCUGAUCCCGACUGAUCUCCUCGUAGCCUCCGCUGCCCCUCCGUAGUGUGGGCCAAUAUUUACCCCAGCAUGCGGAAUAGAUGUUUUUUUGAUCUCGGUUUGAAAAUGUUGAAAAUCAUACACCAAACCUAAAAGAACUUUCGCCGCCUGGUAUGGCGCGUUUGGUAGAUCCCGCCGGAGGGGUAGCGGAGGCCAAGUGGCUACCAGUAGUAGUCCAAUUUAGGUCGUGCGAGAAAAUGUUCUCGCGAGUUGUGAUUUUUUGGUCCAAAAUCCGCACCAACAUAAAAUAUAUGCUUUCCGCAUGCUGCUCUGGUUUUGUUGGACCUCCUCGAGGCCUCCGCUGCCCCUCCGUAGUCUUGACCAAUGUCUACCAUAGCAUGCCGAUUCAAGGCGUUUUUGAUUUCGGCCUCAAAAUGUUGAAAAGCUAUGCCCAAAUCAAAAACAACAUUCGCCGCAUGAUACGGCGCGUUUGGUCGAGCCCGCCGGAGGGGUAGCGGAGGCCAAGUGGCGAGCAGUGGUAGUCCAAUUUAGGCCGUGCGAGAAAAUAUUAUCGCGACGUGCAUUUUUUUGGUCAAAAAGCCGCAUCAACGCAAAAUAUAUGUUUUCCGCACAGUACUCUGAUCCCGACUGAUCUCCUCGUAGCCUCCGCUGCCCCUCCGUAGUGUGGGCCAAUAUUUACCCCAGCAUGCGGAAUAGAUGUUUUUUUGAUUUCGGUUUGAAAAUGUUGAAAAUCAUGCACCAAACCUAAAAGAACUUUCGCCGCAUGGUAUCGCGCGUUUGGUAGAUCCCGCCGGAGGGGUAGCGGAGGCCAAGUGGCUACCAGUAGUAGUCCAAUUUAGGUCGUGCGAGAAAAUGUUCUCGCGAGUUGUGAUUUUUUGGUCCAAAAUCCGCACCAACGUAAAAUAUAUGUUUUCCGCAUGCUGCUCUGGUUUCGUUAGACCUCCUCGAGGCCUCCGCUGCCCCUCCGUAGUCUGGACCAAUGUCUGCCGAAGCAUGCGAAAUAGAUGUCCUAGUCUUUUUGGCUUUGAUUAUUUCAAAAUGCUGGAAUUCAGUCUCCAAACCAAGAACAACACUCGCCGUAUGGCAUGGCGCAUGUAGUGCGGCUCAACGUCGCUGGACAUCAAAGUUGAAUGAAAUGGCGCAACGGCAUGACGACCCACGAAACCAAGACUAUCGCAAAAGAAAGCGGCGUUUGCUGAGCCUGAAGCUGAGCAGCAGCUUCCUUGUGUUGCUACUUAUAUUUCCGCUGCGAACCGUCGGAAUAUGCGAAUUGGGUUGCAGUCUUCCGUAGGGAUUGCAGCAAAUGUAUUUGUAUCGCCAUCGCGUUAGUAGUAAAAAUGCAUCGCCGCGACAGAUAAAUUUUUUCAAAAGCAAAAAUGAAAUCUUCAUCUGUAAUGCUGAUAUAUGAAUAAAUAGCCUCAGGCGGCAAGGAGGUAUCGCAAUCAGUACGGGCGCGAUACUUUUGCACAGGAUAUUCCACUCCAGAGCCCGUGCGACGGGACUUUCGUUUCCCUACGAACACACGGAAGAGGCGUUCGCAUUCGCGAUGAUCUCCAGGUGCCGGCAGCUCAAGGUGAAGCGGUUCAGGUUUUCAGAAAUGACAGAAUUUCCGCCGCUCGACGUCCUGGUGACCACGACAAAGAAAAAGAAGCCCUAAGUGGUACUGGUCCCGCAGCUGCUUCUGAAGAUGAAAAUACAUCUGAACUUUUCUACUUCGAGAUCGUCUGUCGUGGUUACGACUCGAUUGCCGAAACUGCCCAUGAAAGCGCAAGCGGGUACGUGUUCUUCAGCCUGUGCAAUGGGUCCCCGUUUUACUACCGGAGAUUUUGCGAGCCCGGGCUGCUGUCGUGGUUGGAUGUGUACAGUCCCCUCGGGUUUAUGUUCGUGAUGUUUUCGGAUUUGCAAAACACGUGGCUUUUCCGUCCCGUGCGAAACGUGGUCGCGCCAAAGUUAGAAAAUGGACCACGACCAGGCCACGUCGGUCCAGACGAAGCUCUGAGUAUGACUCAGAGGACAAGCCGCGACCUGAUGACCGCAACUUCCGCCUCCAUCCGCAGAAAAAAUACGAAUAAUGUGCGGCUCUUUCGCUUCGUCAAGCAUGGGGAUGUUGCGACCAGUGACAACGCCGCCACACAGAGGUAUAACGGCAAGUACAACGGCGGAUUGUUCUACGAACGCUUGAGACACUUCGUGACCGUGCGCGGACGCUGGCAGCGAGAAAAUAAACUUGUCGCGCAAGAGGACCAAGACAAAGGCUACUUUCUCCUAGAUGCCGACUGCCUGCACGUGCGAAGCCAGAUUCCGCUCUACGGCUCGAGGAACGACGCGGAAGACGCUUUUGACGUCGCACUCGGCGUCUACGCAAGAGACCAGCAAGUGCCUUGGAUCCGACGACCAGGGGAAGACGAGCCACCUAGCGGGCCGACUUCUAGGGAAACACUACAAGGACAACUUCUAUUGGAUUCACCACCUCCGCGAAAUGUUGCAACAGGCAGGAGCGACUCGAAGUCGUCGGCAGUGGGUACUAGUCGGAGGCACGAUGUUGACGAGGACGGCUGUCCCCUUUUCACGACAAACAAUCUGCUCCGACAGAUGCGGGCACUGGAGUUCGAGGAAAAGGCUUUCGGGUGGUCGUCCUCCUUUUCAAGGGGUAGAUCAGCGUGGUGGAGCGGGGCGAACGCCAAAUCUUCCGAGCAGACAAAGGCGAGCGGUGAAGCAGACAGCAUCGACAAAGACAGAGCUCCGCCGCAUUGUCUAUGAUUUGCGAACAUGGCUGGGUCUGGAACAGUGCAAACUUGUCGUGACGGUGGCUCGUCUGAAUCAUGACGAAAAUCUGUACUGCAUGAGCAACGGAAGCAGUCUCAUUCUCAGACAGCUUCCGUUGCUACUCGGAGGAGAGGACAUUUCUCAUUCAGGAUAGGCAAGAAGAACUCCUCGUGAAGAGACCCAGACAUAGUUGCCAUACAUACUUUCUGUUGCGACUCAACGGCGGAUUUCUCUUCGUGAAAGCAAACGCAAAGGGCAAGCAGUACCUGCAGCUCGUGCAGGAAUUAAGCGCCUACUUCAUGCGGGUUGGCGAUUGCAAUCCAGGCGCGGCAGUGACCCUCGAGACGCACAGAAGCCUAUGAGGGUGCACAACUACCUCCUACUUCCUCUCAUUUGUGAUGCAGAUGCACGUCCAUGAACAUCAAUUAUACAGGUGUUGGCAAGAAUCAGAGUACACGCUCCGCAUGACAACUGGAUGCGGUAUGUUGCCUGACAAAUGAGGAGAAGGGGGAGUGGCAGUUGCGCACUCUCAUCAAACUUGUUGAGAAUGCAGAAGGAAUUUCAAGAAAGAGAGGAGCCUGCAAGUAUCCUGAGGAAAGACGUUCCCACCCCGUAGGAAUGAUGAGGAGGGCGUGGAUUUUGCUACAAAGAUCAACGUGCUACUGCUAUUCUGGACCUGGACGUGGACGUUGCGCAUGACAACUUUGAAUUCGCAUCGUCAUAGGGAGUACCUAGCUAGUCAGUACGGCUACACCACGAAUCGAUCUUGACAUGCUGAUUACUUACAGCAGGAGAACUUCCAAAAAACAACGUAGGGGUAGAGCGAUAUUUUUCCACUGAAAAGCAGGUUCUACUUUCCCGCUGAUGCGAAAGUAUUUUCCCGAAUUUUUUGAGGACCCGGCGUACGGCUUGCUCGUAAAUCGCGCGUUCCGUGGACCGGACCAAGCGGCCUUUGCGCAUCUUCUCUUGCCCCCAACACAAGGUAGAAACAGCGUCACUGGUGUCGCGGCUGCAAAAAAUGCGACAACAAACAACGCCGAGCGCCGAAAGCUGCGUGUUGACCUCUUGCAAAGGCUGAUGGAGUUUCUGAACGCGGAGACAAACGCUUGGCCGCUGUUGGACUUUUUCAACACUGACAGAAACGUAAAGACUUCGCCCGAUACGUUUUUGGCGCUUCAACACAACGACCACUUCUUCCCAGACUCUGUAAAAACGAGUAACCCAGAGAUCGCGAGAGCGCGACUACUUCCUAUCGAUCGAGUGCUACACUCGGACUCGCUCUCCGAUUCCGGCGCCCUCGCACCCUACACCUACGCCGUGCAUCUGAAGGGCAAGCGCUUUUUCGAGAGUUCAUUGAAGAUGGACGCUUUGAUAAAAUGCUACGCAGUGUUUGCGCACGACUUUCACGAGCGGCGCAAGCGAAUAGUAGACAAGCCACCAUCGCCUACUUUUUCAGCUAGCUCCGACGAGGAGGGGGAAGAAAGUCGGUUCUUGAUUGCUCCCCCCACCACUUUUUCCGGAUUGAUGCAGGCUGCGGUGAGGUUCGUGACAAGUACAAGAUCGACACGGGGAAAAAUGCAAUUGACUGCACCGCACGGACAAGAGCCAGGGGUUGCUUCUGCGGCUGGCCCCCGCGGACUACAGAGAAGUCGUCGCGAAGACAUGCGAUUUGCGGAGAAGCUGCAGCGGUUUCGGAACGCAACGAGAAUAAAUCCCAAAACUUUCUUUCCACCGGAAAGCAAGAGAAGCAACAAGCUAGAGCUUUGGGACGAUAGCCGGGGCACGGUGGUGGAAGUAUUUGCAAAGAACAGCGCGCAAAACAACUCGUCUGCUGAAGCGAUAGGAUCUUCGCCCAAGUCUCCGUCUAGAGAUAAAUCAUCAUCUUGGGGCACGUGGUAUCCAUUGGAGGAAAGGUAUCGUGCUAGUACACGUCACAUGUCGAUAAAUUUUCCAAGAAGGAAAGGUGAAAUGCUUGCUGCUGAGUUAAGCAGUGGGAAACCAGAUCUGUCAUGCUUAUGCUGUACUGGAACUGAUAACUACUACAUCUACAAUUGGUACGGGCACGAUACUUGUUUUGCCUUGGACACGUGGCAAAUGCGGCGCGCUUCCUGUGCUCGGUUUGCCCAAAUGGUGGCAUCAACAGAACUAUGACUUGCAAAAGCAUCGCACUCGUAUAAAUGCGUAUACAAAUUUUCUCAGCGUGAGAAAUAAAAUUUGUGAUGCGGAUUUACCUUGACACAAAAAUUUGUAAACCAUGAUUGCAAUUACUACGAGUACUAUAUUUUUGCACAGGAUAGGAACGCAGAGUCACAUGGAACUGGCAGAGUCUCGCGCUUUGGCUCAAGUACGCAAUGUCUGCAGAAAUGCUCGCUGUAGGACAGUGGAGAUAGUACGGCGAGGCCGGGUCAGAUAUCAAUUUUUUCACACCGAGAGCACAGAGCAAUAUGGGAUCAACCGCAAAGGACAUCGAAAAAAGGUUGUAAAAAAUUGAUGCACCUUGCGCGAUAAACUAAUACCCAGGGCUUCAGUGAUCUAAAUCAAAAUCAUCCGAGACGCACUUCCAUUCAUCUUGUCGAACAGUAAUAACUAUAGCCUAAUUUUGUUCGAGCGAGAAAAUAUUUUCGACAGGUGCGAUUUUUUGGUCCAAAAUCUUCAACAAAGAAAAAACCAACCACUUGCCGCACA